UUAACUUUUUCUGCCAAAAUUUGAGAGUGGGAAAAGAAGUGGUAGGGAAGGAUGGCGAGCCCUAGCGCAGAAGGCUUGGAAGUUCUACACCGUUUGAAGUCGACAGAGCCUCCUCUAUGGCUCUCUCCCUCUACCGAGCUUUCACAAGCAGCUCGAAUAGCCUCUCAGUAUCUCUUCUCAUCCCUCCAACCAUUCAGUCCCAAAUCUCCGUUCGAGCACCUCCUCGUCGACGGCUUCGACGCCGAGCAAAUAUGGCAACAGAUAGAUCUCCAGUCGCAGCCAUUGUUGUCGAACCUCCGGAGAGAAAUAAAACGCUUCGAACGGAAUCCUGGUGAGAUUUCGAAGCUUAUUAAUGAAGAAAUCGUUAAGGAAAAGGCAGAAGUGAAGACUGAUGCUAUUGAGAAGGAAAAUAAGGCUCGUGUUGGGGAAAACGGUGGACAGAAGGAGAAUCUGGAGGAUUUUGAAGACAUGGAAGAUGAAGAGAUGGGAAUAUCUGAUGAAGAUGAUGAGGACGACGGAGAGGAAGAAGACGAAGGUGAGCAGAAGGACGAAGAGGAAGAAGUGGACGGUGAGGAGGAGGAGGAGCAGGGGGAUGGUAAUGGCGGGAUUGAAGAUCGAUUUCUGAAGAUUAAGGAAUUGGAAGAAUAUUUGGAGAACGAUGAAGCAAGGGAGUAUGGACUUACCAAAGAGAAACAACGCGCUGACCACGACACUUCUGAUGAUGAUGAUGAAGAGGGAGAGGAGGAUGAUGAUGAAGAGGAGGACGAGGACGACGAGGAGCUUGGAAAAUUUGGCGAUAAUGCAGAUGAAGAUGACGAAAAGUUCGAUAAUUCAAGGUACGAGGAUUUCUUUGUCAACAAAAAGAAAAAGAAUUCGAGGAAAAGGUCUAGAUCUCUUGGUGGGGAAGAUUCAGGCACGGAUGACGAACAAGAAGAUGACGAGGGAUUUAAAGAUCAGAAGAAAGAAGCUCCUUCCACUCAUGAAAAACAACUAGGGAAGCUUCGUUCGAAAAUAGAACAGAUGGAGAGGGCAAACUUGGAACCCAAGACAUGGACAAUGCAGGGAGAGAUAACUGCUACUAAGAGGCCAAAGAAUAGUGCUUUAGAAGUUGAUCUAGAUUUCGAGCAUAAUGUGAGACCUGCACCAGUGAUCACAGAAGAAGUCACUGCAUCCCUUGAAGAUUUGAUUAAGAAAAGGAUUCUUGAGGGGCAUUUUGAUGAUGUUCAAAAAGUGUUGAGUCUACCAUCCAAAGCCCCAAAAGAACUCAAAGAGAUGGAUGACAAUAAGAGCAAGAAGGGGCUAGCAGAAGUUUAUGAGGAGGAUUAUGUGCAGAAGACAGGUCUGGCUUCUGCAACACUUUCGUUCUCUGAUGAACGGAAGAAAGAGGCAAGUUUGUUAUUUAAGACACUCUGUUUGAAGUUGGAUGCGCUUUCACAUUUCCACUUCACUCCAAAGCCUGUUAUCGAGGACAUGUCUGUACAAGCAAAUGUUCCGGCCCUUGCCAUGGAAGAGAUUGCACCUGUGGCAGUCUCAGAUGCAGCUAUGCUGGCUCCUGAGGAAGUGUUUGCUGGCAAAGGUGACAUUAAAGAAGAAGCUGAACUAACCAAAGAAGAGAGGAAGAGAAGGAGAGCUAAAAAGAAGAGGAGGUCAAAAGCUGAUAAAUAUAAAAGGAUGCCAAAAAAGGCACUGUUGAGUCAUCCCAGUGGUGAGGGAGAAGAAUGAGUUCCCAAAGCAGAUAUAUAUAUAUAUAUAUAUUUCAAAACGAGCUCCUACUGGUUUGACUCCGAAGAUUACCAUCGUACCGUUGAAUAGAGCUUGCAAGAAAACUGUCCAUGUUCUUCAUUUUGCUGAAAUCUUGACAGACAGGGAUAAAGAGGAAGAGAAGAAGAGCCAAGAGAAGUCCUCUCCAAGUGGACUCACGUCUGGAAAUUUUGUCUGCAUCUUAUCUUUAUUUUUUCCUUUUUUUCUUCCUUUUGAGGGAUACUUUUUUUUCCAUAAAAUAAACGUUUUUUUUUUUCCUCCUUGGGAGUGGUGGGAUGAAUGCGGGAUUUUCUUGUCAUCAUGGAAUUACUGUAUAAAAUAUAAUUUGUUAGCUAGUUAAUUUAACCAAGUUCUUA